UUGACGACGCGAGGACUUAGCUCACGGCCUGCGGCGCUAUGCAGGCCGACGCCUCCGUGCCGUGGAUUUCACACCUUUUCAGGACGGGCGAGGCGCUCGCGCUGCAGGCGCUCGCGAGCGACUACACCGUCUCGCUGCAGCACGACGCGUGCGGAAGCAGCGUCGAGCACUCUAUCCGCGACGCCGAGGGCGAGAAGCUCGGGCCGUCGUUCCGGUACAAGGUGCUCGGGGUGUUCGGAGUCGAGGGCCGCUGCGUGGCGUUUGCGCCGCACCACACGCCCGGCACGCUUGUUCUCGCCUUUCGCGGCACACGCGUCGACAGCAACGCCGCCUCGAGGCCGGGCCGCGGGCAGGCGGCGCCGCCGUCCGAGGACAUCAAGGCGCUGCUCAACUCGUCGAUGGUGGGCGUCAAGUGGCUUCCGGACGCGGCGAUGCGCGUGCACGCCGGCGUGCACCGCCACCACGCCGACUUGUGGGACGCUGAGCACUCGACGCGCGGCUCCUCCCUCCGGUUGGACCAGCUCGGCGAGGGCCUUGGCGGCUGGCUCGCUGGGCUGUGUGGCGCGGACGCGCCGCAGCAGAUCGUCUUCGUCGGCCUGUCGCUGGGCGCGGCGCUGGCGCAGAUGUCCGCCCUCCGCCUCGCGAGCGAGCAGCCGCAGCUCGCGGCGCGCACCAGCGUCCUCGGCCUGGGCAGCUUUCAGUUUGCCAACGCGGAUGUCGGCCGGCUGUUUGAGUCGCUGUACGGGGAGCGGGCGGCGCAGCUGGUCACCGCUCGCCGCAUGCCCGCCCGCCCUCCGCCGCAGGUUGGCUGGUGGGUCCAGGAGCCGCCGCGCGAUGACGAGGCCCAGGCGGAGGCGCUCGUCGCCGCCGCGGUUCGCCGAAGUCGCCGACGCCUCCUCUGGCGCCGCGCCGCGCCGCCGGAUGCGAGGGAUGCGCCCCCCCUCCUCGGGCGCCGGCCGCGCCGCUGCGGCGGAGGAGCCGUCGGAGCACGAGGUGCGCUCCUCGCUCGGCUCGAGGACGAGGGCGGCGGAGGUGCUGGCGCGCGCCGAGCUCGCGCGCGGCUGGCUUGCCGUCGACCCAAUCACCGCCGCGUUUGGGGAGACCGUGCCCCUCCACGGCAUCCUGUUUUUGCGCGCCGACGUCGCCGACGAGUGCGACGACGCCUCCGCGCACGAGGCGGCGGCGCAGCCGCUCCCUGCCCGCGCGGGCGGGCUGGUUGCUCCGCCGACGGCGCUCGCCGCGCUCAUGGCUGGGCGGAUGGCCAAGCAGCACGCUCUCCGCCUCGACUACC